GGGGUUUCACAAUCAAAAUACAUUCCAAAAUGGGUUCGAUGAGCAGGGCUUUUAUCUUGAUCGCUAUGGUUGCAUGUCUUACAUCAGUUGCUCAUGCCAUUGCUGGCCAAGCAACCUUCUACACUCCUCCCUACGUUCCAUCGUCAUGUUAUGGCUUCCAAAACCGCGGUGUUAUGAUUUUAGCGGCAAAUCGUGGUUUGUUUAACAACCGAGCUGCGUGUGGGACUAGAUACCGUGUCAGGUGCACCAGCGGAACCAGAGCAGGUGUUCCGCAACCUUGCACAGGUAGGAGCGUUGAUGUUACAGUUGUUGAUCUUUGUCCCGGAUGUAAUCCAAAUCAAGUUGAUCUUUCCCGUGAGGCGUUCCAAGUGAUUGCUAACCCUGAUGCAGGGAGGAUUAACAUCGACUAUAACCGGAUCUAACUGAAAUGUGCAUGCGAGAUGCCAAUAACAAACUCUGUUUAAGAGUUUAAUAGGAAAUAAAAGACUCAAGGGCAUUGUAGCCAUGUUUCUAUGUGUCUCUCAGAGCAAUUUAUCUACUUGAAUAAAAUUCUGAGUUCAGAACGACUUUGAAA